AUGGUGAAAUAUCGUGUAACGAUCGAAGAACAAGACGCGUCACUUAUCGUAGAGGCUUUGAGUCUGCUAGAGUUCACACUGUACAACUCGCCCGCCAAUUUCCACGUGAAGUUACUGCUCAUCAGCCUCUACCAUAUACUCGGCGGGUGCAACGGCGCCGAGGCGGCGUGGUCGCGGCUGGAGGCGAAACACGUGCAGUUGGCGUCGCUGGGCUGGCUGCACGCCGCGCGCCUACCCGCCGCCGCCCCGCGCCUCGCGCACCACCGCCUGGCGCAGGCGCACGCUUUCUACACGCACCACGCCAACGACGUAAGUCUGCUCACCCGCACACACCCGCCCCAUCGCACCAUCGCGCACCACCGCAUGGCGCAGGCGCCCGCCUUCUACACGCACCAUGCCAACGACGCGCACGCCUUCUACACGCACCAUGCCAACGACGUAAGUCUGCUCACCCGCACACACCCGCGCCAUCGCGCCAUCGCACACCACCGCAUGGCGCAGCCGCACGUCUUCUACACGCACCACGCCAACGACGUAAGUCCGCUCACCCGCACACACCCGCCCCAUCGCACCAUCGCGCACCACCGCAUGGCGCAGGCGCACGCCUUCUACACGCACCACGCCAACGACGUAAGUCCGUUCACCCGCACACACCCGCCCCAUCGCGCCAUCGCACACCACCGCAUGGCGCAGCCGCACGUCUUCUACACGCACCACGCCAACGACGUAAGUCUGCUCACCCGCACACACCCGCCCCAUCGCACCAUCGCGCACCACCGCAUGGCGCAGGCGCACGCCUUCUACACGCACCACGCCAACGACGUAAGUCCGUUCACCCGCACACACCCGCCCCAUCGCGCCAUCGCACACCACCGCAUGGCGCAGGCGCACGCCUUCUACACGCACCACGCCAACGACGCGCACGCCUUCUACACGCCCCACGCCAACGACGUAAGUCUGCUCACCCGCACACACCCGCCCGCUCGCAUCCUCGCGCAUCACUGCCUGGCGCAGGCGCACGCCUUCUACACGCACCCCGCCAACGACGUAAGUCUGCUCACCCGCACACACCCGCCCCAUCGCGCCAUCGCACACCACCGCAUGGCGCAGGCGCACGCCUUCUACACGCACCACGCCAACGACGUAAGUCCGCUCACCCGCACACACCCGCCCCAUCGCACCAUCGCGCAUCACUGCAUGGCGCAGGCGCACGCCUUCUACACGCACCACGCCAACGACGUAAGUCCGCUCACCCGCACACACCCGCCCCAUCGCGCCAUCGCACACCACCGCAUGGCGCAGGCGCACGCCUUCUACACGCGCCACUCCAACGACGUAAGUCUGCUCACCCGCACACACCCGCCCGCUCGCAUCCUCGCGCAACACUGCCUGGCGCAGGCGCACGCCUUCUACACGCACCACGCCAACGACGUAAGUCUGCUCACCCGCACACACCCGCCUCAUCGCACCAUCCCGCACCACCGCAUGGCGCAGGCACACGCCUUCUACACGCGCCACUCCAACGACGUAAGUCUGCUCACCCGCACACACCCGCCCCAUCGGGCCAUCGCGCACCACCGCAUGGCGCAGGAGCACGCCUUCUACACGCACCACGCCAACGACAGCGCGGAGCACGUGACGUACGCGUACAAGUACGGCACGUUUGAGAAGCUGGUGGAACUGGGCGCAUGGCACGCGCGGCUCGCAGGCUGCGCGUGGGCGGCGCUGCUGCCGCGCGAGCGCGCGCUGCUGGCACUGCAGCUGCCCGCGCCUCCCGCACCCCCCGCACUGCUGCCGGACCUGCCCGAGCACCUCACUGACAACCGCGACCUGAGGGCAAUAGUGAGCUGGGACGGGCCACAGGACGUAGACGCAGAGCUGCGGGCGCGCACGUUCUCGCAGGAGGUUGCGUACGUGCGGCUCAAGGACGCGCUGCUGCGCGCCGCCGCGCUGUGCGGGCAGGCCGCCGCCGCCGGCCGCGACCGGCUGCCGCAGCUGCUGCAGCGCUUGGACACCUGCAUACAGACGUUCAGCGAAGCGAUGCAGCGCUGCAGGCACCAGUACAGUCAGAGAGAGAAGAUUUCCAUAUCAGCGCCUCUCCCUUCUAGGAUAUUUGCGCUGGUGGGGAGCGCGGUGCCGUACGGCGCGCUGUACGCGGGCGCGCUGCGUGUGGCGCGGGCCGUGGCAGGCGGCGGGGUGCGCAGCGGGGCGGCGGGCGGGGCGGUGAGCGAGGCGGCGGACACGCUGCGGCGGGAGCUGCGCGACGCACAGGGCCCGCUGGCGGCCGGCGCACCCUUGACCGCCUGGCAGUUGCGUGACUCCCUCGAGCACCUGGCCAACUUCCUAGAGUUCGUGGGUGUGGUGACGUACAUGAUGGGCGUGUGCCACGAGCUGGUCACGCCCGCCAUCUCCAAGAAGUCUAAAAAAAAACCCAACCAAUCACAGGAUGAACUCGAAACUUCCCACCUACUCAACCAAUUGAACCAAGAAAUUAUUGACCUUCUAGUCUUCAUGUCGGAGCACUUGGACUCGUGGCCCAAAUUCGAAUACGAAACGAAUAUUGAGGAGCAGCUGUCGAAACUGAACAUUAGCGAGAACUACCAGUGCCCUGUCACGUCCAGACUGAAGAAGGGCUACCAGGAGACCAUACGCUACAGCAAAGACACGCUAGAAGCCAAAGCGAAAUACUUAAGGAGUUUGCAGUGA